GCAAUUUUCGGUCUUUAUCUCACUGACAAUCCAACAAGGCCUAUUUAUCGCCUCUGGUCUUUGUGGGAGUGAAUUUGCUUGCAAUCAAAGAGCCUCCCCGAAGACUUCGCCUAAGCCACACAAGUAUCGCAAGUCUCCCGGAAUGCUUCCGCUACAAAUGAGAGCGAUUUCUCGUAUGGAUUCUUUUCUCCACAAAAAUGUCUUAAUAUACAUAUUUAUCACUGCCCUGCAUUCUUCUAGUGUUUACAUAUCUGUGUCAGCAAUGAUGAAUACCAACCAUCUCUAUAAACUGUCUUUGGGGAUCGAACCGUCCUUCGUGCUGAAUUCUCGGCCACCCUUAUCUUAUCACUGUCUAAUAUCCUCAUGUCACCAGUUUUCACCGACAACAACAACUUCCACUGGUUGGAGGACUACUGCUCGCUUUUCCUCGAUUGAAAGGAUCCUUCUCCGUGGCUGAAUAGAAGCGAACUAUCGCGGGCCAGAGAAUUCUACGUGAGGCGUUUGGGUGCCCGACUUAUACGGAGCAGUGGUGAACCCGUGGCCAGCAACAAACCGUGUAACACGAAAACUGGGGUCUGGUUGGAAGGUCCCCCACACCUCUGUCAGCAAGGUGGUGAGACCCCAGGCCAACAAAUGUCAUUCAAUUACCAUCACAGCCUCACUGUGAGAUGAAGAACCAAGCCGAAAGCAUAGUUUCGGCACCCAGGUGCAGAUUAUUUGCGACUGGAGAGUGGCCGAACGUUCGUCUACGCAGAAAUUGUUUCCGUUCCCGGGAGGCAAAGUGCAUUUACGUGCUGCGGGUCUCGGUUUAAAUCGGUGGUAGGCACCCAGAUUGACGAGUCGCUUUCAGAUGCUUCCUUCCCCAAGGGUGUCUUGAGGGUGCUGAAAGGGCACGAAGGAGGCUUGCUAGCCUUGAUAUAAGUCGUAGAUCUCGGUCAAGGCAGAAACCAGCAUGGUCAGGCUCGGAAUGUUUACUGGUCAUUGCAAGUAGGCUGUAGAAUGGGAACUACUCAUAAGCAGGAAAAUCCUAGAAGCUUAAUUUGAGCUUGUGAUAACUAGUUGUUCGCUGUCGCUCUCACAGCCUCACCACUUCGUACUGGAGUCUACAUGAUACUAACUCUUCAUCCUUCUACACACUUGCAACGAGAUAAGCAGGCCAUUUGUCGAGUAGCUCUCUCAUUUUGCCAUAUAUAUGCAGCCUCCCAGCAGUCACAGACGGAUCAUCGUUCUUCAUGGCGUCAGCGGCUGAGCCUGACGGAAUCCCAUUUCAAGAUCUCGAGGGGCAGGCAAAUACACCAAGCCGAACGUCUUCUUGGAGAAGAAUAAUCGUGAACAAAUCAGCAACGAUCGGUUCAACCUCUGUGAGCAUCAAGACAAAUCUAUCGAGUCUCGGAAGCGUAUUGUCCUGGCGAAGGACAGCAACGAGCUCAACUCGAGUGGGGUCUAUUCAGUUCAAUGAUCCAACUACCAUAGGGCUACUUUCGGAUCCUAAAGUCUGCGCUUCUUCCAAUCAACCCCUGCCAGAUGCCGAUCAAUAUGACUUCGGCAAAGUUUCAAAGGCUUUUGCUUUUGCCGUUUGUGGGGAAAUAUCAGAAUCUCCCAUCGUCAAUCAAGCGGCAAGAUGGUAUGUCGGAUUCCUCGAACGCAAGUGCAAAGAAGGUUGGAAGAACAUUAUCGGGCCAGUCCUGGAGCCCGGAGAAGUAGCCACAGCCUUGGGUGCUACCGAGAGAAAUAUUUGCACGGCUUUUAGAGUGUUCCGCACCACAGUCUUGACAGUGAAAAACGAUGUGGAUAUUGCCUUAUCGGAUUUGGUCAACGCGAUUUACAAUAAUGAGAAGCAGUUGGAGUUCAACGACGAAAACAGGUGGCUUGCCGAAGUAAUGGUUUUCACAGUAUUUGGCUGGCUCACGAUGCUGUACACCCCAAGUCUGUUCUCUGGCCGCAAUAGCUUGCAAAUAAUUGCCCCUGAAAGACCCAUUCCCUCGAAAUCUAAGCUGUUCGCAUUUUCGGGACGCCAUAAGAUCGAGUCUAAAACUUUCGUGUGUCUUCAGCAAGAUCUUCAGUACGUGGACAGAUCUUUGCCAAGUCUUCUCGGAAAUUUUGGCCAGAUCCUUCCCGACGUGCAAAGUAUUUCAGCGAGUAGGGAUAAUACCUCACCUGCACCUCACAGCCCAGUCGAAAGAUUUAUCGAGGUCCCUAAGGUUUGUUACUACACCCUGCAUCACUUUGCCGGAAUCACAAUCCAGUGGGUCGACUGUCUCAGUCUUCACUUGGAAUACGACAAACAUAUGAAGGUCUUGCGUCUCUUCCGCUUCCCGUCCUUGUGUCUCCUCAAUUGCUAUAGUGACAAAGCCUUUCUGACCCGGUUCUUCUCCGAUCUAGACUCCACGAAUGACGAUUCCGAUGAAAUCAAAAAUUAUGCCCACGUUUACUUCAAAGAAGUCCUUCUGUCCUACCGACUCAUCUUUGCGGAAGCUAGAUCUUCGCACGUAUUAUAUAACUCCCUGAAAGCCGAAUGGGCGAUUCUGUCAGAAGAUACCCACGACCCGCUGUUGGACAUAAUCUGUGGUCAAAGCUGGAAUACAGACGAUUCAAAAGGUGUCUGGUCCGAGAUUGAUGCGGGCUAUCCGGUGCAUCAAUACUCGACAGUGGACACCUUCAAAUUCCUCGGGCCACGGCUCUUACUCCUUCAAAAUGCUGCCGAAAGACAUGAACCUGAUGGAAUAUGGACACUAUGGUACGAUAAAAGGGACACCUUGAGAUGGUGGACCUUCUGGGUAGUCUUAAUUAUGGGUGCUUUGGCGAUCAUUCUUGGGUUUUUGCAGGUCAUUCUGCAAAUAUUGCAAUUAUACUUUACGAUUAGACCAGGAAAAUAAGAUCAGAUCAGGAGACAACAGUCCUGAUCUAUGGGUGAAAUUUGCACAUUCUGAGCCGAGUGUGGGUGUGGUCAUGAUGUUGAUAGUCAUUCCGAUACGAACUGUAACAA